GUGCUUUAUUUUUUUAUAUUCUUUAAGUCAAAAUGAGUUAAAUUUGAGAUCCGGCAAUGUUGUUUCUAAAACAGUCGUCUGCUCUUGAUAGCAAAAAUGGCUGAAAAUUUGAAAAUUCUUGUAGCAGGUGACGUUGAGGGUCAAUAUGAUGCCCUAUUUAAUCGUGUGCGAACGAUCAACAAAAAAUCUGGGCCGUUCGACAUGUUGCUUUGUGUUGGGGACUUCUUCAGUACUGAACCUGCUGCUGAAGCUCAGCUAGAAUCCUACAAAAUAGCUGAGAAACAAGUUCCUAUUCCAACAUUUAUUUUGGGAUCGUCCAAGCCAGAACAUUCUCGCUAUCUCCCAGAUUUGAAGGGAUGUGAAGUUUGCAACAAUUUGACUUACCUUGGUGAUUAUGGAGUAUUCACUGGAAGUAGUGGUUUGAAAAUGGUAUAUGUCAGUGGCAAGCAAAAGAUGAUGACCAAGCCAAAUGAUGUUGGCUUCACGAUGGAAGCUAUCAAGUCAAUUGAAGUUCAAGUUGGAAAUGGUUCGACAGGAGUAGACAUACUGUUGACAUCACAGUGGCCAAAAGGUGUUGAAAAUUUGGCUCUCCCAUUGGAAGGUGCAAAUAGUGAAAAGUUUGGAUCUGCUUUGCUUUCUCGACUAGCUCAAAGGAUCAAACCUCGAUACCAUUUUGCUGGAUCAGAAGGGAUACACUACGAGCGGUUGCCGUAUAGAAACCACGAAGUAUUGCAAGAAAAGACACUUCACGUUUCUCGUUUUAUUGCAUUGGGCAAAGUUGGCAAUGCAAAUAAACUCAAAUGGAUCUAUGCAUUCAACAUUGCCCCAAUGGCGAAAAUGCCAGCGCUAAAACUUAAUGAACAACCAGCCAAUACAACUCCUUGCCCAUACGCUGUCACGCAGGAAGAAGAUGAAACGGAAGCUAGAAAGGAAGCAUUAGGGAAUCAAUAUUUCUACGAUGUCAGUGCCGAUGUCAUGUCUGGAAACACGCGGGGUAACAAGCGCAGACAGAACAAUCAGGGAAGACCACCGCGACCACCUCCCAAGCCUAUGGGCCCUUGUUGGUUUUGCCUCUCCAGUCCUGAAGUUGAAAAACAUUUGGUCAUUAGUGUGGGCGAACAUUGUUACGUGGCGAUGCCCAAGGGUCCGUUAGUACCUGAACACGUCUUGAUUUUACCGAUUGGGCAUUAUCAAAGCAUAAUUGAAUUACCGGAAGAAGUCCUGGAAGAAGUUGACAAAUUUAAAGUAGCAAUCACGAAAGCGCUAAAGACAAAAGGUAAGAGCGUCGUAUUUUUCGAGCGGAGCUUCAAAUCGCCUCACCUGCAGAUCCAGUGCGUUGCCAUUCCGAGUGAAAAGGAAGAUCUCGUCAAAGAAGUUUUCGUUGAAAUGGCCGCUAUGCAAUCCAUCAACUUGGAUGAGCUUCCGCCGCACGCCGAACUUCGCCAAGCUGUCCCCUCCGGCAAACCAUACUUUUUCCUGGAGCUACCGAAGAAGGAGCGCUUCGUAUCUCACAUACAAGGGCGCUUCCCUUUGCAGUUUGGUCGGGAGGUGCUGGCCAAUCAAGAUUUACUCAACUGCAUGGAUAGAGUCGACUGGAAAAACUGUCCGUCUUCAAAGGACCAAGAGGUUAAAGAAACAGCCCGUUUUCGGCAAAUAUUUCAACCAUUCGAUUUUACUUUGUAAUCCCUACACUUUUACACGUCAAUGACAGCAACAAAAAUCGCAAAAAAAUUUCGAACGCGCAUUUUUCUCUUUGGUUCAAUUCUCAAAUGAACGCAAGAUUUUUUGAGAAGUGAAAAACAUCUCUAAAAAAACAAUACACUUUCUUUCACGAAAUGCUA